GUGGUGGGACAUCAGUCUCUGAGGUCAUCCGUGCGUGUUGUUGGUGAAGCCACAGCCACAAACAGUAUAUGAUAGUUGAGUAAGGAACUCCACAAGUCGACAGAGAGAUGUUGCUGGUGAUGGUGGUGGUCACCACAGCCGCUGCCAGCAUCCUCCCGCAGCUUGGUUCCUCUGGCGUGGAAGAUUUGUUGUCAGUCGCAGGUGGUGGUGUGGAAGCCGUGCUGGAGGCGGUGUCUCAGCCCACCUGCUCCCUCAUCCUCCUCACAGAUGGCACCACCUCACCCUCCACCAUCCUCAAGAAGGAGAGUGCAGUGCCACGGAACCCCUGGGGUGUGGUGGUGUUCGAGGUGGUGCUAGACAGCCAGGAAGCUAACGAGACCCAGGUGCUGCUCGCACGCCUGCUCCACCAGGCUCGACAGGUGAGGAUGGAGUCUCGGUGUGUGCGGGUGGUGGUGGUGAGUCACGACCCGGUCUUCCUCGACACCUUCGCGGAGUGGUCCCUCAAGGGCCGCCUCCUGGUGUGGGCCACCAAGCUGCUGGUGGUCACCAGCCUCCCACUCCCACAGCUCCACGCCCUCCUGUCCUCCCACUGGACCUUCUCCAUGAUGAACACCAUCUUGCUCAACCUGGAGGACACACCACCCAACCUCAGGGUCAGGAUGUACACCCACCUGCCAUACAGUCCAGAGGGAGCCCAGGUGGUGAGAGUUGCCUCCUGGUUGCCGGAACGCGGCCUCGUCCCAAAACCGGACAGUUCUCUAUUCUCCUGUAAAUUCUCCAACUUCUACGGGGCCCAGGUGAACGUGACCGCCUUACCGUUCCCACCGUUCUGGGAUGAGGUGAAGGGACCUGACAACACGACACAGUACUCCGGCACUGACUACAUGUUGCUGGCGACCAUUGCUGACGCUCUCAACUUCACCAUCUACGUCAUACCUACCGCCAACUGGGCAGAGGUUGAAAAGCUUGUGGAGGAAAGGGUGUCUUAUAUAGCUACAGUUUACCACACCCUGUUACCAAAACGUCUUGAACACUUCGACUACUCCUGGGUGUACGAGUACGCGUCCCUGGACUUCAGUAUGGCCCAGCCUGGUAUCAAACCACAGUGGCAGUCGCUCUACUACCCGCUCACUGACCUGGUGUGGGUCGCUGUCCUGCUGGCGCUGCUGUUCACCCCUGUGGUCCUGCUGCUGAUUAUUCGUGGGAGUGAGUGGAGGGAUGGCGAGAGCGGGAUAGAGGCAGCGGUGGUGGUGCAUGACUGUACUGGGAUGUUGUUAGGGCAGAAUCUUCCACGACGACUGCCCAGGACCAACUCAAGCCGUGUACUGGUGGCAGCCUGGCUGGUGUUUUCUCUUGUAAUCGGGACUGCUUACCGUGGCAACCUCACCUCCUACCUCACGCUAACGAAGUACCCACCCCGAACUGAGACACUUGAACAACUCGUUGCUACUACUGACAGGAUAACGAUGCCACCAUACGGAGCAGAAUUCAAAAAUUUCUUCAGCAAGUCAGACUCACAGGUGUUCCAAAAACUGGCCGAAAGAAUUCACUUGGUUCCAUCAACAGUCGGACAACAAGAAGCCAUUCAGAAGAAACAAGCACACUUGGAAAACCGACGUUACCAGCAGCUGAAGAUAGCAGAGAGGUUCACCAAGACGGAUGGGACCCCCAAAUUAUACAUUGGUCGGGAAAGUAUCCUUCCUGGCCAGGCCGCCUGGCCCAUUCCUCACGAUGCCCCUUACAAGCCUGUCUUAGAUCGCAGCCUCAUGGCUGUCAUUGAGGCUGGACUGUAUGAGAAAUGGAGCAAAGACCUGUUGUACCAAGUCCAGAUGAAUAGCCGCAGGAGGCAGCAGCAACAACGGACGCAGCAACAGGAGGAGGAACAGUCUCAGAAGAAGACAAAGUCAGACAGUGGCAUCAAGGCUCUCACCAUCACACACCUGCAGGGAGCAUACUUGCUCCUCCUUUUGGGCUCUGGCCUUGCAGGACUUGUCUUUAUCAUGGAGGCCUUUCCCAUGUGGCUUUUGCAGAAAAAAACGUAAUAAUUUAAUUAUCUGAAAUGAAACAUAUCCUAUAAUUUGGCGAAUUUGCAAUUGGAUCAUCAUUAUGUAAAAUAAGUGAAAACAAAAAUGACGGCGAUUCCUUUACAAAUUAUGUGCCAUUAAAAAAUUAUUUGAAAAAUCAGGACUUUGGUGAGAUACAUUUAUACAGUGUCAAUAUGUGAAGAGUUUGGGUUUGUAUAGUUAUAAAGGCAUCUUAAAGAGCCUGCACGAACUUAAUAUAGAACUAUCAUCAGGGAUCACCACCUGAGGGUACUUCCUCUUGCGUAAUUUUCAUCACCCAGAACAUUCCAGCACCUUUCCUUGUGAAAAUAUUGCACAGUAUAGCAAAGUAAUAUGUAAACACAAGAUUAUAACUUUCUUAUUGUGAUAAAGAUGAAGGCUACCGAAUAAGACUUGGUUAUAGCGAA